AAUCAGGAAGUGGAGAAAACAACUAAGAAGAAUAAGUUGGAUAAAAUUCCUCAUUUCUGUUUCUUUGACGCGAGUCUUCGUUCAAAAUCAGCCCGUGUGGUUGGGGUUUGGAUUGCGACUAAGUAACACAUUAACGGUCAUGGAGAGCAUUUGCCCUUGUUAGAAGUACUACCUAGGACAUAGCCAGCACGUGGGUGGCGGUCAGAGGGUGCGUAGCCUAAGUCAGCUGGUGGUCAUGUGUGAAGCUGUGGUCUGAUGCCCACCCUCCCCUCAGCGCUGGCCAUGGACGGGGAGAACUACCUGCAUCCAGAGGGCCCUCAGCUGGACAGCAGCUUGUUCUCUGUGGCCGCCUCUAACAUGGAGAGUUCAAUAUAUGCGUCCCCUGGAUCCUGGGGAUCCUUUCCUCAGCAGGCUGGAUACAGCAUACACUGCCCUAUGCAAUCUGGAAACCAGCAAUACCACUUGAACAGCAGCACUACCACCACCACUCCGGAUGUGCACAUGGACAUGUACUCGGGAUUCUCUGACGUAGACUUUUCCAGCCUCAACCUCCCUAGAAAUGGAGAUUUCCCCCAGGACCUGUCCUGCAUUGAUGACCUCUCGACAAACUCUCUGUUCUCCUCUCCGGCUGACUCACUGUCGGAGUAUGCUGAUGCCCAGUCCUUCAUCAGCACAGAUAACCUGGACACAGUGCCCACCCUCUGGGACGUCAACACUAGUACCACCACACCAGCACAGAGCCAGCUAGAGCAGAAUGGCACCAGCAGGUUUCAUGGCUUGGCCAGUUUGGAUGAUAUAACUGCUAUUAUCAGCACCCCACCUUUAGGAGGAUUCCAGGCUCAGAGACCCCAGCCUCAACCAGAGGAGGAAGAGGAUGCUGAGGAAGAGGAGUCAGAGGAACUGGGUCACGUAGACACAUAUGCUGAGUACAGACCUUCUAAAUCCACCAUAGGAAUUUCUCAUCCUGACAUAGUGGUGGAGACCAACACACUAUCCAGUGUCCCUCCUCCUGACAUCACAUACACUCUGUCUAUCCCUGAGUCAACUAUCACCAAUGGCUUGCUGUCUGCUCUGCAGCUAGAGGCCAUCAUCUACGCCUGCCAGCAACAUGAGGUGAUACUUCAGAACAACCAGAGGGCGGGCUUCCUGAUCGGAGAUGGGGCAGGGGUCGGAAAGGGACGCACUGUGGCAGGAAUAAUCCUGGAGAAUAACCUUAAAGGAAGGAAGAAAGCACUAUGGUUCAGCAUAUCCAAUGACCUGAAAUUUGAUGCAGAGAGAGAUCUCAAAGACAUAGAUGCACCGAAUAUUCCUGUGCAUGCCUUAAACAAGAUAAAGUAUGGAGACACAGCUACCUCAGAAGGAGUCCUGUUUGCAACUUACUCUGCGCUGAUUGGAGAGAGCCAGGCAGGAGGGCAGCGGCGGACAAGAAUUAAACAGAUCCUGGAUUGGUGCAAGCCAGACUUUGAUGGAGUUAUUAUUUUUGAUGAAUGCCACAAAGCCAAGAAUGCCACAUCUACAAAGAUGGGCAAGGCAGUGCUUGACCUGCAAAGCAAGCUGCCACGGGCCAGAGUGGUGUAUGCCAGUGCCACAGGUGCCUCUGAGCCAAAGAACAUGAUCUAUAUGAGCCGCCUGGGAAUCUGGGGUGAGGGCACGCCCUUCAGAAUCUUUGAUGACUUCCUGCACGCCAUUGAGAAGAGAGGUGUCGGUGCCAUGGAGAUUGUUGCCAUGGACAUGAAAGUGAGCGGGAUGUACAUUGCCAGGCAACUGAGCUUCUCAGGGGUAUCCUUCCGCAUUGAAGAGAUCGGACUGGACAGUGACUUCAAACUGGUCUAUAACAAAGCUGCCAAACUGUGGGCGGAGGCGUUGCAAGUGUUCAUGCGUGCAGCAGAUGAGCUGGGCCUGGUCAGCCGGAAGUCUCUGUGGGGGCAGUUCUGGUCGUCUCACCAGCGCUUCUUCAAAUACCUCUGUAUUGCUGCCAAGGUCCGCUGCCUGGUGGAGCUGGCCCAAAAAGAGCUGCAGGCUGGAAAGUGCAUCGUUAUUGGCCUCCAGUCCACUGGGGAGUCUCGCACCAGAGAAGUCCUGGAUGAGAACGAUGGGCAUCUCGACAGAUUUGUCUCUGCAGCAGAGGGAGUAUUUCAGUCCCUUGUAACAAAACAUUUCCCUUCAGAGAAACAGAGAAGGGAGAAGGCACCAGGGAAUAAGAGAAAACGGAAGCCUAGAGGUCGCCACCCCAAGGUACCUAAGCACACAGUGGACAGCGGCGGUGUGAUCAACAUCACUGAUGACAGCAGUAGUGACUCUGAUGGCAUGGACACAGACUCCAACUCCUCACCCGACUCCCUGCUAGACAAUGAUGAUGUCAUCUUUGUGAACCACACUAGCUGCCAGACAGCAAGGAUAGAAGACAUGAAGCAGGGCCUCCUCAACAAAAUAUCCGUGCUGGGAAAAGAACUACCUCUUAAUACCUUGGAUGAGCUCAUCGAUAAAUUUGGCGGACCAGAUAAAGUCUCAGAGAUGACUGGUCGUAAAGGUCGUGUAGUUCGUCGUCCUGACGGUAGCGUCCGCUAUGAAUCACGGGCUGAGCAGGGUCUUACCAUCGACCACAUCAACAUCAAGGAAAAAGACCGCUUCAUGAGUGGAGAGAAGUUGGUGGCCAUCAUCUCAGAGGCAGCCAGCUCUGGGAUUUCCCUGCAGGCGGACAAGCGAGUGAAAAACCAGCGACGCAGGGUCCACAUGACCCUGGAGCUGCCAUGGAGUGCAGACAGGGCUAUUCAGCAAUUUGGUCGCACCCAUCGGUCCAAUCAGGUGACAGCCCCAGAGUACAUCUUCCUCAUCUCAGAGUUGGCUGGGGAGAGACGUUUUGCCUCAAUUGUGGCAAAGAGACUAGAGAGCCUGGGUGCAUUAACCCAUGGAGACAGAAGAGCCACUGAAUCCAGAGACCUGAGCAAGUACAAUUUUGAAAACAAGUACGGUACCAAGGCUCUGGAUAAAAUCACCAAAGCAAUCCUUGGCCACAUAGAGAACAAGGUGCCUCCGCCCAAAGGAUACCCCGGGGGUGACGCCAUCUUCUUCAGAGACAUGAAACUCGGAAUGAUGGAUGUGGGCAUCUUUUGUAGGGAGUCUCGCUUUGGGAUCAGUACUGAGAAAGACUGCAGCAUCACCAAGUUCCUGAAUCGUAUCCUGGGCCUGGAGGUCCACAAGCAAAACCAUCUCUUCCAGUACUUCACCGAUAACUUUGACUACCUAAUUGAGAAGGACAAGAAGGAAGGCAAAUACGACAUGGGAAUCCUAGACCUCGCCCCGGGUAACGAUGAGAUCUAUGAGGAGAAGCAGGAAUCCUUCCUGACAGCUGGAAACCCUCAGGAUGGACAGGUUGUUCUCUAUAAGAUCAGUGUGGACAGAGGUAUGCCCUGGGAUGAGGCUUACAACAAGUCACUGAAGCUCAGUGGUCAUGAUGAGGGAUUCUACCUAUCCCAGAAGCUACGAGGUAACCACCCAUGUGUGCUGCUGGCUGAGCAAGGAAGAGGCAAAAACUUCAAUGUCUUCAAGCCCAACAUCGGCAAGCAGACCCACCCCGAGAGCUUGGACAACCUGCACCAACGUUACCGCAAGGUGACUCCAGAGGAAGCCAGAGACAGCUGGGAGAACCAGUUCACCUUCUCCUUCAAGAAGUGUAGCCAUGCCAACUGGAAUGGGAAGUGUAAGAAAAUAGAGGAAGGCCAGGAGUGUCUGCAGGGCAUGCGCCUGCGUCAGUACCACAUGUUGUGUGGUGCUCUAUUGCGUGUGUGGAAGCGUGUAUCCGACGUGGUGUCUGACAUCACCAGCACCAGCAUCCUGCAGAUUGUCCGCCUUAGAACGAAGCAGCAUAACAAGCAAGUCGGUAUCAAGAUCCCAGAGAACUGCGUGGCCCGUGUGCGUGAGGAGCUGUUGCUAAUGGACGAGGAGGUGAAGAGAAGGCGAAAGGAAAAGGAGCAGCAGGCUGUGGAGCAGCGGCUGGCGGAGGACCGCAUGCGUAAAAUGGAGCAGGAGAACAAACACCUCCUGGCAAAUCUGUUCAACCAGAAACCCAUGCUUAACCAGUCCCUUACUCAGUCUCUCCGCCAGAACCAGAUCCUCAAACUGAAACUGAACCAAAACGCUGUACCAAGGACACAAAGUGGAAGCCUCUCUCAGCUACAGAGAAUGCAAGGCCAAACCCAGUCCACUUUACAGCCGCCCUCCCAGAACUUAACCCUGUUGUCCUUACAGAGAAAUCCCAACCAAACCCAGCAACGGACCCAUAACUGGCCCAACAAUCCCACCACCACCUCCACCACCAACCAGGGCCCUCUGCCCAACACAGUGAGCCACAGCUCCAAUUUCUCUCAGUUUUACCCCCAGUCCUUCAUUUCCCCUUUUCCACACCUGAAGAACCCGUCUCUUCCACUCCAUCAGGCCACACUGUCUCCCAGCUUGUCUUCCAAGAAUCCCAUGAAUGAGAUCUUGGACCUGACUGUCAGCUCACCUUCCCCCUCCCCAGACAGCACGGAGGGCGGGCUAGGUCUUGAAAGUCUGGCAGGACAUGCAGCAGCAUUCGGAGAUGACUUUAAUCUGGAGUCUCUGAUUUCCCAGAAUGCACCGAAUGCCCAGCACGCUGCACAAAUACAGCAGCCUCUUUUGCUACCACAGCAGCAGCACCAGCAGCAGCAGCAGCAGCAGCAGCAACAUCUGCAGGCCACACAGCAGCAGCAGAAUCACAACCUGCUGGCCAACAACCACCCCCAGGACUUAUUAGAUUUUUUUGACUUGCCCCUGUCUCCCCAGAUGCCCACACAGAAAGCCAGCCCUUCAUCCUCUACCUCCUCCUGCUCUUCUUCCACGUCCUCCACGUCUUCUGUGUCAAACAACCUGGUUCCUCACGUCUCUGCCGGCCUCAUGAACUCAUCCACCCUCAUCCCAACAUCGUCCUCCUCUUCUCUUUUCUCCAGCCCGCCCUCUUCUUCUUCUCUGUUUCCUGUCUCUUCCCCCUGCUUCCCCCCCAACUUUCUCCUCCCCCAGUCAGACUCUAUGCCCUUACCCAACGGCCACUGCAGUUCCGGCACUCUCGACGUUCGUGAGGCUCUGAACAGCAUGCUACAGGCCGGACCGGACCGCAAGUCUGUUAUUCAGUACCGGCAACAAGACUAAGAGCUUAGAAACAGCAACAGCUCUGGACUGUGUUUUUCUUUAGGUCGUUUUUUUUUAUUUGUCUUUUAAAGCAGAAUGCGUCUUGUUCGCUGCUGUCUACGAUCGCACCCCUCGGACCUACUCCCUCUCCCCUCAGGGCCUAUAGUCACGUCACUGCCUGUCCUGCGCUCUGCUCACCCUUCUCUCCACCCACCUGUAGCGUUCACCUGCUUGAGGCUGUCGAGGUGAUGGCGGGCUCGAUCAAUGCCAGAUUUCUACACCAAAAUGUGUCCUCCACAGUGAAAGGCAGCUGUUAAAAGAAAAGUGAAAAAAAAACAAACAAACAUGUGAUAACUGUAUUUUAUUGAACACAUGAGCUGUCCAAACAAAAGCUCAUUCAUUGAGGUGUGGAAAUCUUUAAUAAACCUCCCGCUGCUGAUUUUUACGAGGUAUGAUCGGUGAAGUUGCUGGAAGCUCUAAAUGCCUUUCACCAGUUAACACCACAUCUUUAGACUUUGCUUUACUGUUACUUCGCUUCACAGCCAUUUGUCUUGGCUAAAAGGCCGUAUGCAAGGCUUGGUUUGAGUGAUACAAAAGAUAGUUAAACUGGAAGACGAGAAAAAAAACACAUUAAAUCUUUUAGCUGAUUAGCCAUGAAAUGCCUCAGUUUUCAUUUUUUUCUUUUACAUGCUCCCUCGUGUUUCUCUCCCUGCUUGUAUGAACACUAGUGUGAGGAAAAAGGGAGAGGAAGAGCAGUCUGCUGUUGCAAACAGUGCCUUUGGAGAAAUCUAUAAAUGCAGUCUUUAAAAAUCCAUGUAGCCUAAUGUAUAGAUUUGUACUUUUGAGCGUUAGUUUUCAUUUUAAUUUAAUAAGGUGUAUAUCUAUUUAACAUUUAGCCCCCUCAGUCAGUCAGUCAUCAUUUGUGUUUCAAUAUGCUGGUGAUGGUUUUCAAGAAGAAGCCUCCAGUAGGCCUGUAUGUGCUUGUUUGAUUGUCUGUGGAUCUGCGACAAUGUGCUAGGAGGUCAGAGUGUUAAGCAACAUGGAUAAAAAUUGUGUCCAAAUAUUUUAUCACUUUUUUUUUUUUUUUUUUU